AGCCUCCUGCGAAGAAAUAUUUAUUUUCUGUGGCAAAUCGAAUCAAAGUGACGCCAGACUUCUAUGCCUGUGUGUUUCCUCUAUAAACGCCAUUGACCCCCUACAAGAGCUUCGCUCAAGUCUAGCAUAAAUGCGCGGUCUACAAAGUGGUGUAUAUAGUUUGGUAUCUUAGUUGACACUAAUUAUACAAAAUUAAAAAAAAAAAAAAGUGAAUUCUAUUUAAACAGCGGUAAUAAAAAAUUAGACUGCAAGUCCUAGCCCUUUUCCUGCCAGAAAACCUAAUCUAUCAUACAGCAAUAAUGGUCCAAUACAGUGCCGCUCAGCGAAAAAAUGUUCGCAUAUUGUUAGUCGGCGAUGCGGGGGUGGGUAAAACAUCACUCAUACUCUCGCUUGUAAGUGAAGAAUUCCCUGAGGAUGUGCCCCCAAAGGCUGAAGAAAUAACAAUACCCGCAAAUGUAACACCUGAACAGGUGCCUACGAACAUUGUGGACUAUUCAAGCACUGAACAAACAGAUGAAACACUAAACGAAGAGAUACUCAAAGCGCAUGUUGUAUGUAUUGUCUAUAGCGUGGAAGACGAAGAUUCACUUGACCGCAUAACAUCACACUGGCUGCCUUUAGUACGCAAUGCAAUAGGACCAGACCAACAACGUAAGCCGAUUGUGCUUGUGGGCAACAAAGUCGAUCUUAUAGAAUACUCAACCAUUGAUAGUGUAUUGACGGUAAUGGAAGAUUUUCCGGAAGUAGAGAGCUGUGUCGAAUGUUCUGCCAAAACGCUGCACAACAUUUCCGAAAUGUUCUACUAUGCACAAAAGGCUGUUUUGCACCCAACCUCUCCGCUGUAUAUAAUGGAGGAGCAAGAUCUUACACCAGGUUGCAAAAAAUCUCUUGUUCGAAUUUUCAAAAUUUGUGACAUCGACGGUGAUAAUUUGCUCAACGACUACGAAUUGAAUUUAUUUCAACGUCGCUGUUUCAAUACACCCCUACAACCACAAAUACUAGACGAAGUCAAAGCUGUCAUACAAAAGAAUAUUCCAGAUGGCAUCUUCCACGAUGCAGUCACACUCAAGGGCUUUCUCUUUCUGCAUUGCUUAUUUAUACAGCGUGGACGCAAUGAAACCACUUGGGCGGUGUUGCGUCGCUUUGGCUACAACGAACAAUUGGAAAUGUGUAAAGAUUAUUUACGUCCCACAUUGAAAAUACCACCAGGCAGCAGCACAGAGCUAUCACAUCGUGGCCAGCAAUUCCUUAUAGCAUUAUUCGAAAGGUACGACAAAGACGGCGAUGGCGCUCUGUCACCGGAGGAGCACAAAAUGGUCUUCAGCACUUGUCCGUCUGCGCCGUGGUCCUAUUCAACAGAUAUACGUAAAUCGUGUCCUACCAACGAUCAAGGUUGGGUGACGCUGCACGGUUGGCUUUGUCGCUGGACCCUAAUGACUCUUGUCGAUGUGUUAAAAACACUGGAGUACUUAGCCUAUUUGGGUUUCAAUGUGCAUGAAAACGAUAGUCAAUUGGCUGCGAUACAUGUGACGCGCGAACGACGCAUUGAUUUGGCAAAACGACAAAGCAGUCGUUCAGUUUAUAUGUGUCAUGUAAUUGGUCCAAAAGGCGCAGGUAAGACCGGACUGUGCCGUGGCUUCCUGGUGGAUGAUAUGAAAAGUCUGAUUGGAAAAGAAUUCAAGACGAAUGUGGUGCAUUGCAUCAACACAGUUCAGGUUUAUGGUCAAGAAAAACAUCUUAUUUUGCGUGAUAUCGAUGUAAAGCACGCAUUGGAUCCACUGCAGCCGCAAGAGGUAAACUGUGAUGUCGCCUGUCUCGUAUACGACUCAUCCAACCCGCGUUCAUUCGAGUACAUUGCUCGCAUUUAUAUCAAAUAUUAUGCGGAAAGCAAAAUUCCAGUGAUGAUUGUAGGCACCAAAGGUGAUUUAGAUGAACGGCGACAAGACUAUUUGCUACAGCCAACAGAGUUUUGUACAAAAUACAAACUAUUACCACCACAUCUGUUUAGUUUGAAGAGCAAUAAAAAAGAGGUUUAUACAAAGUUAGCAACCAUGGCGGCCUUUCCACGCUUUCAGGCCGCGUGGAUACUCUUUUACAAGCACAGGUUGGUACAGCUGUGGGAAUCAGCACAUCUGCGUCAGUUUGGUUUAAUGACAGAGGAUCCAACGCUUUGGUGGAAAGCCGGACUGGGCGUUGCCGCUGCCACAGUGUUAGGCAUUGUUGUACUCAAAGCGCUGCAAAGCGCUGGCUCUCAUGUGCGAUACUAAUGAAGCAACUUCAAUUGAGUGAGCAAUGCAUUGCGGCAGCAUUACUGGAUUUCACUUGAGACACACAUACACACGCGCAUAUAAAAAGCAUAUUGUACACAAAACAAGUUAUAUCGCAUAUCGGUUCCAGUCGAAAAUUUCAAUAUUCUAAUUUGAUAAGAUUCUAUGGCAAACGCGCUCCAUCUCUCAUAACUUUCUGUAAAUGGGCCUUUAUUUUUCAUCUCUCAAUAUGUGGAAAUAGUUAAAAUUUCAUUGUAAACAAUAAGUAACAUAUUGUUUGUGACUUAACAAAUUGUAAGUAGUGGAAAUUUAAAAAAUUAAUUGCCAUCUAUAUUUUAGGAUUUUUGGCGAAAGAAAUUUGUUGAAAAUUGAGUUGGAUUUAAAAAAUACAAUAUAUAUUUAAAGGAAUUUGAAAUUAUUUAUGUAAAUGAGCGUAUGCACAUUUCGUAAGUAACAUGUUCUUGUUUGUAAAUACAAUUUUACACUAACAACUUAAAAUGAAUUCAAUGCGCUCAAUAUCGAAUUACAUAAUGCGCAUAUUUCAUAGAUGUAGCCAUUUAAUUUAUGUAUCUCUGACAUGAAUACAUUACAUCCUUGUAAUAUUAUAAAUAGUAAUAAAAUUAUUUUAACAUUGAAGUAAAUGACGACGAAAACAAUUUGAAAAUCAAUCGGAUAGCAAUACCAAUUAGUAUAUAAUCUUAUAAACACAAAAGUGUAUAAAUACGUACGUACAUAUAUACAUACAAAUAUAGUAUAAUCUAUAAGAAGAACCACAUGAAUAACUACAUACAUUAUUUUUGUAAAUCAUAAGAGAAGUGAUACAUAGAACUAAUUGGAUAAUUUGUGCAUUGAGGUAAAGCCAAUUAAAAUUCGGCCAGUCGGGGACAAUUUAUAUGGGCAUUUUUUAAUCUAAGUACUCUUCACGAUUUGUGUGUGCUUAAUUAUUUUUUUAGUAAUUCUUGCACAUACAAAUUACUCGUAAACACAUAUACAUACAUACAUACAUACACACAUGUACUAUAAUUUUAUUUAAAUGAACUUUAUAUAAAGAAAAAAAAUAAAAUAAUCGGCUUCAUGAGUUCAACAAA